AACCAAGGCUGCAUGCCUCAGUUGACCUAUUAACUGGAGUAUGGCCGCCAUGUUGUGCAACGUUGUCGUCGUUGGGUGCACACGCCUGCGAUCCAUGCCAUUAGCCAUGUUGACCACAAAAAAAGAGUUGCAUGGUUUUCUAUUUCUAAUUGCAUGCAUGUGGUUCUGUUCCUAUAGUUGUGGGGCUCUGCUUGGUGGCCUUUUGGGCUGCCAGCGCUUCAUUAUGAAGAACAAAUAGCCCUUUUUGCAGUUAGAAUUUCUCAUUUGCUUUUACAAAUUUAAUCCAACCUGUAUGCAAGGGCAGAAACUACAUAAUUGCCCAAAAUUUCCUCAUGUAUCUACAUUUAGUUAUUAAAUAUAAAUGAAAAUAGUUAACCCUGAAAGUUGUAUUUGUAUAAUUUGUUUUACUAAAAUGUUGCAUUCCUUUCUCUUUCAGAGGGGCUCAUCCAAGGGUCCACAGAUACCUGGAGUUGCACCUUCAGAUCCAGUGAGUGGGAACUUAGGGGACAUGGCUAAGGCUGGGAGUGUUCAUGAGUACUUGAUAGAGUUACAUGAGAAGUAUGGCAACAUAGCUGGAUUCUGGUGGGGAAAAGAGUAUGCUGUCAGUCUGUCGUCAGUUGAAUAUUGGAAAGAAAUACAACAACUCUUUGACAAGCCAUAUGAACAAUUUAAGUUCUUUGAGCCUCUGUUUGGAAUAAAGAGUCUGACAUAUAAGAAUGGACCAGAGGCACGCAAGAAAAGGCAACUGGUUGACCGGAGUUUUAGCCAUGAAGCAGUGACACACUAUUAUGAUCACUUUACUAAGAUUGCGAAAGAGACAGCGGAGAAGUUUGCUACGUACUCUCAGACUCAGGAACAUAUUCCAUUGGGGAAAUCCAUGCUAGCCAUGACAAUCAAAGCCAUAUCUGUGGCAGGAAUGGGUCGCUUCUUUAUGGACAAGAAGGAAAUUGACAAAAUGGCAAUAGCAUAUGAAGAUUGUUGGAAUGAGAUGGAGGCUCGGCUUGCUGGUCCUUGUCCUGCACCUGACAGUGAGAGGGAGAAAAAAUUUCAGACAGCAAAAACUUACAUGAAAGAUACAGUCAAGAACCUGCUGAAUAAGAGAAAGCAAGAAAAGAAUAAAGAGGAAAUGCUGUUCAUUGAUUCCAUUUUGGAUUGUGAUCUUAUGGAUGAAGAAGAGAUGAGCGAUAAUGUGAUAACAUUCCUAGUUGGAGGCUUCCACACCACAGGGUUCAUGAUGACCUGGUGUUUGUACUAUCUGACAAAACAUCCUGAGGUUGAAGAAAAAGUUUUUGCCGAACUAGACAAAGUUUUGGGAGAUGAAGACAUCAAACCACAAGUAGCCUCGGAACUGAAGUACACUCGUCAGGUGCUUGAUGAGACCAUGCGUGCCUCGGUACUGGCUCCUUGGGGUGCACGAAUCCAUGAGUUUGAUCUCCAAGUUGGGGAGUUUGUCAUUCCUAAAGAGACACCAAUACUUCUGCCAUUUGGCAUUGUCCUACAGGAUCCAAAUUUGUGGCCAGAACCUAACAGGUUUGAUCCUGAUCGUUUCAACCCUGAGAACAUCAAACAGCUUCCAAGCCUUGCUUACCAGCCAUUUGGCUUUGCCGGGAAACGAAAGUGUCCUGCAUGGCGAUUCUCAAUUGCUGAGGGACUGGUGUUUUUGUCCAUUCUCAUGAAACGAUUUAAGUUUCAUCUCGUAGAAGGACAGGAAGUGAAACCUGUCCAUCGGCUGGGGGAGGUUGUCACCCACAUGUGA